CUCAUCUCUUUCCCUCGCGCCCGCCUGGCGUCUCAUUGGUUAAAUGGCCGGCUGUAUAUUUAUGUGAUUGGUCAGGGCGGGGUAUAUAUACUCAGCAUGGGUCGGUUAAAUCUGGCCACAAGUUUCAAAACUUUCAAACAGGGCAGACAGGCAGAGAGACAGUGAGUCGGACGGCCUGAGUGACGGCGGGGAAGAAUCGAGCUCUGGACAAACCGCUGCACCGCACUCUCCAAACAAGAACUGUUGUCUUUAGAGAAGGAGAAGAAGAAGAAGAAGGAGUGAAGAGAAGAAGAAGGAGAAGCAGAGUCAUCGUGGAUCUUUCUCAGGGGGAAUAUCCUGCACCACAACUUGUUUGUUUUCUCUCUCUCUUUCUCGUCUCUCCUUCCCCCUCCUCUCAGAUCUCCUCGAUGCUUUGCUUUGGGAUUUGUCCUCCAGAUCCGUUCAGCUCCUCUUCUCUCCAUCUGUCCCGCCGCGCUCAUCUGAAACAUUUUCAGCUGCUAAUUUUUUCCAGAACUUUACAACCCAACAAACUCACACAGACGUUUGCAGAAUCUCACUUGGACUAAAAAAGUUGAAUCCGAGCCCGGUUCUGGAAUGAAUUUAGCCGAGCCCAGCUUGUCCAGAGAGACUCUUCUGCAUGCAGGCCGCAGGAUGUCCCUUGGGGGCCCCUGGACGUCCGGGACCCCGAGCCCCGCGUCUGAUUCCGACAUGGGUUUUGAGCCGAAUCUCUCGGGGGACUGCAGCUCUCCUGAAGGCCUCGGAGCGGGGAGCAUGAGGAGGACGGAGCAGAGGAUUUCUCUCAGCUCAGGGGGGCAGAGCCCGGACCUGACCCAGGCGGGAGGAGUGUCAGCGGGCGCGGGCGAUGGGAAGGCCAUGGGGGGCGAGCAGAGGAUCCGCAGGCCUAUGAACGCCUUCAUGGUGUGGGCUAAAGACGAGAGGAAGCGGCUGGCCCUGCAGAACCCGGACCUGCACAACGCCGUGCUCAGCAAGAUGCUCGGUAAGACAGAAAAGUCUGAAACUUUGUUCUGGGUUUCAGAACUUUUAAACUUUCUCUUUAAACUUUAGUAGAGGGUCAAAUCUUCUAGAUCUUUUCCUGAAUUAACUUUUAUUUCUUCUUCUCAUGUGUUUUUGGAAAGCUCCUGGUGCCUCGGUCUCGAAAAAAGCAAAAUAAACCGAUAAAUAAUUUUAAAUCUGGAUCUAAUUUUCCAAUCGCAGCUUGAGGCGAGGAUUUUCUAGGACUAAUUAUUAUAUUUACCAACCCUUCAGAGUUGAAAAAGUCUCUUUUUACAUCUCAUAAAUGAAUAUUUGGUCUGUAUUAGUAACUGGAUACUGAGCGGGUUUGACUCCUAUUAUCCUAAUUCUUGUCAUCUGAGGCAUUUUGCUAAAAAAAAAACCUUAUUUUAACCAUUUCUUACCAAAAAUCUGCACAUUUAGGACUAAAAAUUUGCCCUCUUUUAAAUCUAAAUGCACAUUUUUCUUAAAUAACCAUGGUGCAUUCAUCAAAUAUGAGUUUAAAAGGAUGCAAUUUGAUCCUGCAUCAAAAUAAAUCCAUGUAAUCUGUAUUUUUGCAGGAUUUAUCUUGUUGUGCAUUCACAGGUCGACGUGCAAAAGUAUCCUCAGUGUGCUUCUAACACAGCAGGGGUAAAAAUCUCUGUGUGUGUCUUAUUCCCGCUCCUGUUUUUUUUAACACUCAGAGAAUUACAGAAGACGCGCCAAAGAGCACCCACACAGCCGCGCACACGCACACGCACACACACACACACACACACAAUACACACGCUUAUUAUUUUUGCCUGAGGGAAAAGCAAUAUUCUUGAAUUUCUUUCAAAAACACAAACACUUCAACCAAAAGUUUCUGUGAUUUAAUUUCAUUUCUGUUCAUUCCUUGUUAAUAUAAAGCUGAUGUGUUGCAGUUACAUGGAUGUUAUUAAAAUAAUCUUUAUGCAUCAAACCCUCUCUGAAAAAAUGAUUUGUAGUUUCCUCCGUCGCAGAGCAAAAAGAACAGAAAUCCAAAAUGUUCAGAGAAGCCUCCAAAAGCCGUCCUGAAGCGUAAAUCACUUCAGCGCCGUUUGUCAUGUCCUCGCUUUAUUCCAACCUUCACAGUUCUGUCAAAACAUGAAAUACACGGAGAUCAGAUGAACUCAAAGUGACUGAAACUUCAGUUCUUCUCAUGAACGUGAGAAACGAGAAACUGAAGAGUGUGAGGGAGACGAGGAGUUUGGAUAAAAGGACCUCCGGUUAAUUAUUUAGUCUUUGGCUGGAGAGACAGUUUGAUUCAUCAAUGAUUUACAGACGGGGCUGGAUUAACGCAGAUUAAGAUAGAUGCAGUUUUAAUGUGAGAACUAGAGUGCAAUAAUCGUCAACUUUAAGAGAAUCAUGAACACGUUUCUGCUUCUCUUCAAACUCAAAUCUGUUGGUGUAAGAAAAAGAGUGAAGCGGUGAUUACACUGUGCAUGAAGCCAACUUCACUUUUCUGAUUUUCUGUCAUCCUGAUGAAAAGUUCUCUUUUAAUCCAACUUGAAUUCACUCGACAUCAAACUUUAGCGUGAAGUUUCUGGAAGGACGCCGAAAUCUGCCGUUAUCGUCUGAACGUCUGUGACAGGCUGGCUGAAAGAUUCUGCAGUUUUCUUGUCAGUUAUAAAAAGUUCUACCAAGUUUUGUCAAAAUCUGAUUUAUACUUUUUUUUCUUUCUUUUAUUCGGAAUAAUGAACAACAUACGAACAUGUUGCGACAUGUCUCCUCACUGUCCCUGUUUUGAAUCAGGGUUUUGGUCGCUCACAGGCGAUGAUGCUCGAGUUGUUGAGGGUGAGAAAUGUAGUGUAAAAGCAGCUGGUUGUUGUUUUUCCUCCAGUAUUGCUCUCUGAUCGAAACAGACCAGUCAUAUUUUUGGGAGGACUAAAAAGGGGGGAGCGCUGAUAUCUCAAAGACAUCUAUUCAACUCUCAGCCACGUGGAUACCAACAGCGGACUUGGAAUUAGUGAACCUGGUCGGAACUUGUAUAGUCCAACAAGAUUAAUAACACUAACCCCUAAUUUCCUACACAUCCAGAACGGCUACGAAAAGGCUGUAUCCUCCGAUCGUAGCUGAUCGUAACCAUUCAAGUUAACGUGUCAAUUUACACCGACUUCUUUCUGUUCCGCUGUGGAUCGCCGGACUCUGCAGCUGAUCGCAUGAGUUCAAUUUUUUCCGGACGCCAGAGCAUGCCGGAUAACGGGCGGAGACGAACAAGUGAAAGGUUUUUAAAUGUCAUUUAAACCCGAUGACACCAUGGAUGAGAAGAUGCUGAUUCUAGAAGUCUAGAAGUAGAUUUCCUUCUCUGGAAGGACACAAUCUACUGAUUAUAUGUCUAUGUGUCUGUCUUUAUAGAGACGACUCGUUAUUGCGCGAUUCCGCAUGAAUCAGCGGGUUCUUGUGAGUUCUCGCAGUUCCGGUUGUCUGUAGUUUGUCUGUAGUCUACCGGAUCUCUUUGUGAGGCAAAUAGUCUGCCAUGAAAUUUGCCUCACAAACAGAUCCGGUAGGAAUACGGUGGGAAUGAGACAUUCCGGAUGCGGUGGAAAUUCGGGGUUAACCAAGUAAAGAACCCCAGUGCAGAAGUGGGUAGUUCUUGCAGUCCGCCUGGCACCAAGCAGCAUUUUUAUUUUGUCGUUUAUCCCCUCCUCCCAAAGCCAGACUAAAAGUUUGUGAUCUUGGUAUCUGUGAUUAAUUUUCUUCUUUUUGUAAUCCCUUCCAGGUCAGUCAUGGAAAGCCUUGAGCGCUGUAGACAAGCGACCUUUCGUUGAGGAAGCCGAGCGCCUCCGUGUCCAGCACCUCCAGGACCACCCAAACUACAAAUACAGGCCUCGCCGCAAAAAGACCACCAAGAAACUCAAGCGUGUCGAACCAGGGCUUCUCCUCCACAGUUUAGCCCAAGGGGGUGCCCCCGGCCUUGGAUUGGGACCUGGUAUGAACCCCUUGGGUGCUGAAAACAUCUCUGGUGGUUCUGCUUAUGGACACUCAGGUGCCCAUGGUGCACAUCACCACCACUCCCAUCAUCUGAUGCCUCCUCUUGGACACUUCAGGGACCUCCAGGCUCCAGGACACCCAGAGUUGGAGAGCUACGGCCUGCCAACUCCAGAGAUGUCUCCUCUGGAUAUCCUGGAGGAAGGAGCUGGAGAGUCCGUGUUUUUCCCCCAGCAUAUGCAAGAAGAGGCGGGGAUGGGGGGUUGGAGUGGGUACCACCACCACCACCACCUUCACCAUCAUAACCAACACUACGGCCACAACUACAACAACCACAGUCACCACAACUCCUUACAUGGUGCAGCACCUUACAGUCAGAGUCCGGGGAUGAGCGUUGGUGCGAGUCUGAGCUCCAGUUUGAGUCCAGGCAGGAGUUCCAGAGUUGACUCCAGGAUGAGUUCUGUUGAGGCAAAUAUGACCUCCAGGUUGAACCCUGGUCACCACAUUGCUUUAAGAAGUCCUGUAAAGCCCCCUCCACCUCCAUCUGACUCUCUAUCCCCUGUUUCUUACCCCCAACCCUCCAUCAGUCUUCCUGAACCUGUAAAAUCCCAACAAAUGUCUCACCAAACCACUGCGACUGUCGGCUACUUUGGCCAAAUGUACGGCAGCAGCACGCCAAACGCUGCCUACUACAUGCCCUCCCAGCUGGGCCAGCUCUCACCUCCACCUGAAACCUCCCCUUCCUCUUGCUCAUCCUCAUCCAUCCCUCCAUCAACCUUCGCUCCCCCGCUUCACCUAGAUCCUUCAAAUCCAGAGUCUUCUGGACAUUUAGGGUCCUCCUCAGCUGAGUUUUGGUCAGAGGUGGAUAGGCAUGAAUUUGAUCAGUAUGUCAACGUCGGGCGGAAUCGAGAGGACGCAUACGGACGCUGUGGGGGUGGGUCCAAAGUAGGGAACGGGCGCAGUAGCAGUAUUAUAGGCGGUGGUAUGAAUACUAGUAUAGUUAACAGGGAUGUUAGUAGUAUUUUAAGUAGUUCUGGGGGUUGUGACGAGUCCAGCAGUCCUCUUAUAUCUGCUCUUUCUGAUGCUAGCAGUGCCGUCUAUUACAGCGCCUGUAUCACCGGGUAGAUACUCAAACAUAGAGACGCCAUCUCUCACAAGUACCUCCAUCAUACUGCAGUUUGAUCUCACUUAAGUACAGUAAGUUUUGACUCAUACUUACUCAAACUUUAGGCCAAAUAACUCAACAUUUCAGUCGCUCUGUUCUGAGAUGGUCAGAUUCUGACUUUGUCUUAAAGUCCUGGUUGACGAUCUGAGGAGCAGUUGAAAAAAACCUGAACCAUUGAGGCAGAUUUGAAGAAAGCGUCCCACCCCCCCCACAAAAAAAAACCUCUGCUGUCUCGGCGUCUGUUUUCAGGACCAAAUCCUGGCGGAGCUUUCUCCACCACUCUAAGGAUGACCCGAUGUUUAUUCGAGCGUGUUUUUUUGCGUCCUUCUCCUGUAGCUAAGCUGCUAAGCUACUGUUUGCCGCUCAGAGCUCCGAGGAGGGCCGGGAGAGUGGGAGGGGACGAGUCGGAACUACGGGAGAGGGGUGUGUCGAAUACAGCGAGGUGAUUGGAUGGAGAGGCGGAGCAGGAGAUUGACCAAUAGGAGCUGUCCGGGAUGGAUGGCUCCCAUUGGUCAAUGUUUUUGCAGCCCUGCACCUGCUAGGGUGAACAGAUUUUUUCCGUUCUUUUUUCUCUUCACUUUGUGGAGAUGGCACUAUAGGACCAUGAUCGCCAUAGAAACAAGGUUCAUAAUAAUUACUUAUCUCUCCAAUCGUCAAUCAUGCCUUUAAACUCGCCCCUCUGAAACAGUUAAAAUGAGGAUAGUUGUUUGUUGUUAGUCUCUUUCCAAAGGUGCUAGGACUCUGUGUUAGCGUGUGAGACACUAACAGAGUAUUCAACGAUAGCUGGUCUCUUUUUUUCCUGUGCUACAAAGUCUGAAGGAUUCAGGGAUUAUGAACUUAGCAGAGACUUGCGGUUGGGAAGUCCUUAACCUUUAAUUUCAUCUCAUAUCAUUUUUCAAAUUUCAUCUCAGUGAACUCCCAAACGGAAAUAUGAGGACCAAACUUUAGCAACGGACCAAGAGAAAAAGAGACUCUAUGAAGGACUCUGUCCAGGCUCCAAACCUUUAGCCCUGUUUCGGGGAAAGCCUUGGCCACAGACCCGAAGCAGACCGCUGAUGUCUCCCACAAACUAUCAGAACGUUUUACAAGCCGGGUCGGGUUCUUCCCUGACCGUGAUAUUUGCUGUUCACGCUCCGCCUCGGUCCACAGCAGGGCCUCACGUUCGACUCGGUGCCAAAAUCUGCAAAUUUAAAGUUGGAAAGGAUGGAGACUUAAGGAUCACAUCACUUAGUAAAACACGAUCUCUCUCUCCAAACUUAUUAAGAGUAAUUUUGUUCAUCGGCUUCCACAUGUUCAGUAUUUUUGGAGCAAAUUUAGCGAAGAGGUUCAAGAAAAAUAAAAGCCCCAGACUUUAAUUCAACAUUCGCUAACGCUGGAUUAUACACCGGAGCCUUGGUGAGAUAUUUGAGCAGCGUUAUUACAGUCUGAUCUGUGGUUCACAAGGUUAUCUUGUUUUAGAAAUCUUGUUUUGUUGUAGCUGUUUACUGUAUAUAUAUAAAUAUAAAUAUUAAUGCCUCUGGGCAGGAUGUGAAGGAGAAGUCAAGACUAUGAAAUGUUCUCUUUGCACUGGGUUUAAUGUCUUAGCUGUAUAGAAGGAACACUACUAAUAAAGUCUAAAGUUUGGUUAUUUUAAGUUUGUUUGUUGUUGUAAAAAAAGAGACUGUGUUUGUAUUUUCUUUAAAGUUUAGGAUAUUUUAUGAAACAUGCUUUUUCACUCUCUUGCUUGAGUUCGAUCCCUCGUCUUUAAUUUCAAACUGGAGGUAAUUCACUUAGUUUAGCAUUCAGCAGAGAUCAGGAUUGGGUCUUUAAAGCUCCUGUGAGGAACUUUUCAGACCUAGUUUAAAGCCCCUUACAGUAGCUUUAAUUUUAGCUGUCUUCAAAAUGGAAAAGACCGCUCAACAGUGACUACUACUUAAAAAUGUUGAAUUUUACAGUUUCAAAAUUAGAUCUUUUAUUAAAUUGUUUUUCCAAUUAAUGGAUUUACAUUUUUGGUUUUAAAUCUAAAAUCUGUGUAUUCCAGUAUGAUACUAAUUAAAGGUACAGUGUGUCAAUUUUAGCAGGUCUAAAAUCUGAUUGCUAAAUAAUAGGACAUUUUCAUCUUUCCACACACUGUACCCUUAAUCGUAAAGUGGAAUUUUAAAAGGGAAGUAGGAACUUUUAUCCAAACUGGCUGUUUCCUGUUUCAGUGUUGGUGCUAAGCUAGGCUAACUGCUUCCGAACUCCAGGUUUCAGCGUAGCGCAUUCAGCAGGAGUGAAAAGGCGAAUUUUGAAAAUGUUGAAGUUUAUUUCUCUCACUAAAACUUCCCUCCUUGAGUUUUUUCUUUAUUAAUAUUUAAAUAACUGGAAAUUGAAAUUGAAUCGUGUUUUAUCAGAGCUGAGAAAUUACAAACCCAACAGUUGUCGGCACUGUGGAGGCCUCUCUGGACGUGUUUCUGGAGCAUCAAUCCUGGAAUAUUUCCGUCUACAGAAGGAGCUGAAAACAGAAGUUUUUCUUAAAGGCUUCAUUCUUCAUCUGUUGUGCAUUAGUCCUACAGACAAUACUUUUUUUCUUUUUUUUUAGGGGAAACAGUAGAAGAAAAUCGAGAUCAUCUUGUAUAGUGAAACCAGUUAUAUUUACCACACUCUUCUUUGUGGUUAAAAGAGAGAAAGAGUCGAUUUUUCCGAGCAUUUCCUCCUGAGGAUGGAGCCACAGAGAAGCAGCAGUUCAAGGAAAGUAUUAAAAAAUACUUUUACAUCUGCAUUUGACAUUCUUCUCUGUUGACACCAAACUGAGUCCUCUUUCCAUUUUAAUUUACUGUGACACACAAAGAACAUCAGAGAGGCGGCUCGUUUUUUUGUUUCGGUUGUGCAAUAACUCUCAGGCUUUUGGUAAUAAUUAUCCGAGGGAAGAAAAAAUUGGGAUCAAAUCAAAGGAUAUUUUCUCAGCAGUCAUACAAUGACAAAUUAAAAGCAUGUUUUCCAAGAAGUGUCACUGCGGCGCUUCUAAAUCUGUCUGUCAGGGAUUAUAAUUGUGUUUUCUGUAGUAAAUGGUUUUGUUUGUGUUUAUUUUUUGAAUAUGUGGGCCGGCUGUAAAUGGAUCUGUUCUGUUUUUAAAGAUAAUUUUACAAAAUAAACACAUCUGAGAAUGCACUUUGGGUCUGCGAGUUUCUGAUUUUCACAACUGUGAAUAAAUUAAGUGCAAAAUAAAUCCAAAUGUUUGUUCAGAUUUGGUUUUAAAAGAGAGAGAAGAAGAGACAUACAUAACUUCAUACAUAAAGUUCUGAUUUGUCACAUUAAUUAUUCAAGAGAUCCUUUUGUGAGACGCUCAUGGUUUGGACUUUGUUCACAGGAUGGAGCUUCUUUUAAAAAUCCGCUGUUUUCCAUCAAGAAAACUAAAUCAGAUUCAGCGAAGCGCGGAAUAAAGUCGGUCGUUUUAUAACCUUUAAAGAUCUGUCAAGGUUUAACACUUACCAGCUCGACUCUUCAGCUGUUGUUCGAACAAAAUCUCAAACAGCUGGAGAACCGAGAUGUUCACCAACAAGAGCAGCCAACAAACGGAGGAGUUCAGGAAUCGUUGGCCCCAAAAAAACGAUUAUUUUUUCUCACGAAAAAAUGACGAUCAAAGUCUCAACUUCGCUGCCUCACAACCUGAAAGUCAGAUUCUUAGUCGUAUUCUGGAUGAAACAUCGCCACCUUUACGAUGUGUCAAUAGGAGAUGACCACGACUGACUAAAGGAGGAAGUGUCGGUGAGAAUUACAGACUGGCUCGUUUUGAUUGGUCAGGUAUCUUUGUGUAGUCUCUUAAAGUCGCAAAUCUUCGCCUUUGUGAUCGCCGAAGGAGGAAAAGACUAGCAUCGUGAUACUUGACGAUUUUCAAAAGUUUGAUUAAAAGGCAGCAUUAGUUGAUUCCUACUUUAACCUCACUUUACUCACCUGUCCCUCACCCCCAAUUUUCACCGUACGCCAAUUCCUUUUGUGAGGGGAAUUUCGUGGCAGAUUACAGACAGCAGGAAUCGCGAGAAAUUACAAGAACCCGCAAAUUCAUGUGCAAUCGUGCGAUAACAAGUUGUCUUUAGCCACAUCAAGAUCACAAACUUUUAGUCUGGCUUUGGGAGGAGGGGAUAAACGACAAAAUAAAAAUGCUGCUUGGUGCCAGGCGGACUGCAAGAACUACCCACUUCUGCACUGGGGUUCUUUACUUGGUUAACCCC